CCAACAGUUUCUCACAACCAAAUUGCAAUGACACCCCAGAACGAAAUCAGAAGGAAAAGGGAAAGGAAAACCAAUUCAGCCAAGGAAUUAAAGAUGGAAAAUGAGGGAUCUUGGAAUCAUGACCACCAAACACUCCCUCUCCUACAAGAAAAAUGCAUAACCCUACUGAAAACAGAAGAGAGAACCGCGAUACAAAGAGCCAUUAGCCAGACAUUUCAAAGCACAGCCCAUCUAGCCAAUCUUUUGCCUACUGGCUCAGUUCUUGCUUUCCAACUUCUAUCACCCAUUUUCACAAACCAGGGUGAGUGUGACCCGGUGAGCCGGUCCAUGACUUCCGGGCUCAUAGCCCUCUGUGGGCUGUCCUGUUUUUUCCUCUGCUUCACAGAUAGCUUCAAGGACAAGAAUGGAAAUGUUUGUUAUGGUUUUGCCACAUUCAGGGGCUUGUGGAUCAUUGAUGGCUCAUUGUCAAGGACUCUACCACCUGAAAUCGCUGCGAAUUACCGGCUCCGGUUUAUCGAUUUCAUGCAUGCCUUUAUGUCUAUAUCGGUUUUUGCAGCUAUUGCACUGUUUGAUCAAAAUGUGGUGAACUGUUUGUACCCUUCACCAUCGGAGGAGACGCAGGAGGUCCUCAGGUCGCUGCCGGUAGGGAUUGGAGUCAUUUGCAGUAUGUUGUUUGUCGUGUUCCCUACAAAGCGCCAUGGAAUUGGCUUCCCACUCACUUGCUAAUUAAAAACUGUCUCUUUGUUCAAUUCUUAUAUUUAUGUUUUUAUUCAUGUUGUGAUUUUUAGCUUUGUUUUUCAAAUGUAAACAUGAUUUUUCCUCUGUUUCAAGAAGAGGAAUUAAUAAGAAUCUUUCUCUAAAAUUGAACCA